GCAAAGAGGGCGCCGCCGAGAGCUGGGAGGCGCCGCGGCGCCCGGGUGGUGGUCGUGUCGUGGGCGCCGUCCUAGCGGCGGGGAGCGCAGCGCGGAGGGGACAUGCGAUCGGAGAAAUCCCUGACGCUGGCGGCGCCGGGGGAGGUCCGCGGGCCGGAGGGCGAGCAACAGGAUGCGGGAGACUUCCCGGAGGCCGGCGGCGGCGGCGGCGGCGGCGGCUGCUGUAGUAGCGAGCGGCUGGUCAUCAACAUCUCGGGGCUGCGCUUCGAGACGCAGCUGCGCACCCUGUCGCUGUUCCCGGACACGCUCCUGGGGGACCCCGGCCGCCGCGUCCGCUUCUUCGAUCCGCUGAGGAACGAGUACUUCUUCGACCGCAACCGGCCCAGCUUCGACGCCAUCCUCUACUACUACCAGUCGGGGGGCCGGCUGCGCCGGCCGGUCAACGUGCCGCUGGACAUCUUCCUGGAGGAGAUCCGCUUCUACCAGCUGGGGGACGAGGCCCUGGCGGCCUUCCGCGAGGACGAGGGCUGCCUGCCCGAGGGUGGCGUGGACGAGAAGCCGCUGCCCUCCCAGCCCUUCCAGCGCCAGGUGUGGCUGCUCUUCGAGUACCCGGAGAGCUCGGGGCCCGCCCGGGGCAUCGCCAUCGUCUCCGUCCUGGUCAUCCUCAUCUCCAUCGUCAUCUUCUGCCUGGAGACGCUGCCCCAGUUCCGUGCAGACGGUCGAGGUGGAAGCAACGGUGGCGGCGUCUCCCCAGUGUCCAGGGGCAGUCAGGAGGAAGAGGAGGAUGAAGGUGACUCUUAUACCUUCCAUCCUGGCAUCGCCCCCGGGGGAAUGGUGGCAGGGGGCUCAUCCUCACUAAGUACUCUUGGGGGCUCCUUCUUUACCGACCCCUUCUUUCUGGUGGAGACGCUGUGCAUCGUCUGGUUCACCUUCGAGCUGCUGGUGCGCUUCUCCGCCUGCCCUAGCAAGCCAGCCUUCUUCCGGAACAUCAUGAACAUCAUCGACCUGGUGGCCAUCUUCCCCUACUUCAUCACCCUGGGCACCGAGCUGGUGCAGCAGCAGGAGCAGCAAUCGGCCAGUGGCGGGGGCGGCCAGAACGGGCAGCAGGCCAUGUCCCUGGCCAUCCUCAGAGUGAUCCGCCUGGUCCGCGUGUUCCGCAUCUUCAAGCUGUCCCGCCACUCCAAGGGGCUGCAGAUCCUGGGCAAGACGCUGCAGGCCUCCAUGCGGGAGCUGGGCCUGCUCAUCUUCUUUCUCUUCAUCGGGGUCAUCCUCUUCUCCAGUGCCGUCUACUUCGCAGAGGCCGACGACGACGAUUCGCUCUUCCCCAGUAUCCCGGAUGCCUUCUGGUGGGCGGUGGUCACCAUGACCACCGUAGGUUAUGGGGACAUGUACCCCAUGACGGUGGGGGGCAAGAUCGUGGGCUCCCUGUGUGCCAUCGCCGGGGUCCUCACCAUCGCCUUGCCCGUGCCAGUCAUCGUCUCCAACUUCAACUACUUCUACCACCGGGAGACAGAGCAGGAGGAGCAAGGCCAGUAUACCCACGUCACUUGCGGGCAGCCUGCCCCGGACCUGAAGGCAGCUGAUAGUGGACUUGGCAAGCCUGAAUUCUCAGAGGCCACCCGGGAGCGGAGACCCAGCUACCUUCCCACACCACAUCGAGGGUAUGCAGAGAAAAGGAUGCUCACUGAGGUCUGAUGGAUGCGGGCAGUGCCUGCAUGGAAGGAAGACACACCAAACACCCUUCCUUAGGGACCUUUCUCAUCCUCCACUACUCUCACCCCAGCUCCAGGUGACCUCCUGACUCCCUCACCCCACAGUGGUUGGCACCAGGCCCGUACACCUGGACUGUCAGCCUCGUUACUCGACCCCUGCAGCACCCCAGGUUUCUCCAUCUAAGUGACAUUUUUGAAAUUCUAAUGGUGCCACCCAUUCGUGCCCAUCUUAUGUCACGUGGAUGAGAUUUCCAUCUGACCUUCCCUCGAGACUCUUGAUUUUUCACGUUUGGGACUGGUGAUGCCUCUAGGAAGAGUAACGUUGACAGGCUGGAAACCAGGCAUACCUGGGUCUUCUUUCUCCUUAGCAUCCUUGGCUUUGGGGCAUGCACCCUCCCAUCGUAGCUUCUGGCCACAUGCUAACUAGCCGAAGCCGGUGGACAGAAACAGUACUCAUCCUGUUGUUUUCCUCCAGUGCCCUGUAAGGUCGGCUGGUCAUUCUGCAGAGAAGCCUUAGGAGAGCCUUCAGUUGCACAGCCUGAACAUAUGUUAUCUGUCUCUAAUCUUGGAUGCAAUUAGAGAAACUACGAUGACACUUGGCCAUUUGGAGGACGUGAGAGGUCAGUCCUGGACCAAAAGGGCCAGUGGAUUCUUCUAGCAUGACCUGGCACGAUAGAUGUUAGUUUCUGUUCUCCACUUGGCUCUCUCGACUCUGAUUCCCCUGACUCUCUGGCUUCCAGGAAGGCUCCUCCUUCUCAGAGCCAAAUACUCUGUCUGUUCAGGUGCCUUCCUGUGUGGAGGAACUGACAAAGGGGAACCACGGAGCUGCGAGAAAUGGCCGAACGGAACCACGUACCUGGCCUGACUGCUUCUUAGAGAAGCAGUGUCCCUUAGACAGUGCCAUCUCGGAGCGGUGGAGGAGUCAUUUUGCUGACAGCAAAUUCCUUUCCCUCACUUCCCCCAGCCCUCUCUAGCCCUCCACCCUUCUUCCUGGGAAUCUGACUUAGGUUUGCAGCCGAAGGCUUGCUAAAGCAGACUCCAGCUUAAAUCUGCCGCCAGGUAAAAGCACACAUUGGAUGCUAGCGUGGGUUUCUGUUUGCAUUUUGCAGGCAAUGAGACAGGAGGUUUAGAGUAAGGAAGAAGCAUUGUUCUUUUGCCGACAGCCUCACUGGUAGAGGUUUUUUGUUUUGUUUUGUUUUGUUUUUUGCUGAGUCAGGUAAACAUUCUCCUGCUCCAGCCCUGGAGCCGAAGCCGCUGGCUGUCACCGGGGAGAUGCCCAGUGGUGCCCCCACCUGGUCUGAGCCAUCUUCUUCCAUCGUGAACUGAACUGCUCUUCCUGUACCACUUCCCCACGUCCCCUUUUUCUCCUCUUUGCACUGCCAUUCAUUUGCUGCCUUGAUCAACUGUGAUGUACUGUUCUGAGCUCUCCUGGGUGCAGUUCAGAAACCAGAAGGACUGUUAACAUGUUUUUAGUUUUAUAAUCUAGGCUUUAAGACUCCUUGAUGAGAAUUUUUUUUUAAGCUUUUCUCGAAGAGCCAGCUUACGAGGUACAGCCUCUUGAGGGUUUUCUUGAGAGACACUGUGUCUGGAUGUUGCUGCACUUUACAGGGUAACUUGGGGGCCACAGUUCCUCUUUGUGCCUCGGUGUCCCCACCCAUUUGAUGGGAACAUUGACGUCUGUCCCUCCACCCCGACUUCUUGGGGAAUGGCCCAGGAACUCAGCUUGGAUCCUGGGGGUGAUGCUAUGCAAAUGCGUGAACUUCUGCAAUGAUUUCUAGCUCGUUAUCCUGCUUCCCCCUGUCCCAUAGGCAAAGCCUCCUCCCAGGGUUCCCGCUUUGGGUCCAAAGCCCACGUCCAGGCUGUUCUGGGUCCUUAGCUUUUUAAAUCCCUCCCUCGCCUCUUGAACUGGGCCUUAUUCUAUGCUUCUUCCCCUUCAGCAUGGAAGGUGCUCUUUGGAGCGAUUCAGUGGCAUCCUUUUACGGCCAGCACCAUCUUGACUGGGUGCUUGGCUUCUCCAAAUCUGAAAUACAAGAGAAAAUGCUCACGAUUCAGACACCUGCUCUGAGGCAAUGAAGUGCCAGUUUUCCACAUCUGUUCUGGAAUAUUACUCCUGACAGUUCAGGGGGAGGGGGGAAGAGAAGGCCCACCCAGAGGCAAAAGGGAUGCUCACAUCGAGAGUGAAUGUUGAAACACGGAUGUGUCCUUCUCAGAAUGGGUGUGUGUGUGUUUUCAUCGUCCUCACCAUUUCAAGUCAGAGCAUGCCCGAGUGGAAAGGGUUUAUGAAGAGCUGGGCUCUCCGGGGAUUCUGGUUGCCGUAGCAACCUUCCAGACUGUUCUGUCUUCUGAUUUGGGCAGCCACGGAGAACGAGAGACAAUGUAUUCCCAGCUUCUGAAAUGGGGACGCCCCUCACAUAACGUUGUUUAGGGGCUGGCAGGGCUGGGACAGGGAUGUGUGGCCUUUGGAAAAAGAAAGGGAAGCAGGUCCCCAAAGCUUCCUAUCUGGACCUUCCUGGUUUCCCCAGCCCAUCACUGGAGCUAUCUCAUCUCACUCCUGAGUCUUCAGAAACUUGAGUGCUAGGCAACUGCCAGUUAGACCAUAUUCUCUCUUUCGAAAUGGCCUUGGAGGGGACUAGCUUCUCAAGAGGCAGCUGCUACUAGUGUUAGUCCAUAAUAGCACCAUGGAGCACUCACAUCGGCCCCUCCCAGCUCUAAGACAGAGAGAUGAUGCUUCUUCCCAAGGAAAUGUCUAGCUCCUGGGAGGGACCUCAUAGAUGGUUCUUCUUAAAGACAUCCAAGACAAACUGGGAGGCUGUGACCUGACCUACUUCCUCUGAUGGAUUUCUCCAAGUGACCCCCUUUGACUCUGAGCCUCUUGAUGUGGAUUUUGUUCCCUGAGCACCGAGGGAAUCUGUGCCCCGUGUCGCCGUGACAGCUGGGGUGGCGAUUUCACAGCUGUCAGCAGAGGGGUUCAGGUCGUUGUUACACCUGAAUUGGGCCGGCAGGAGCUCCCAGAGGUCUUCCUGGAUCUGUCAGGCUCAGCUGAGACGUGGGGGGAUUCCUCCUGCCUGAGAAGCCCCAGGAGAGAAGGGGACAGCUGGCCUCCUUUGCACCCGAGGGAAGAAAGAAAGAGGCCGGCCCAGAAUUCCAAACCAGGAGACCUACACCUGUAUUUCUGAUAGUGGCUGGACAAAGAGGACCAGGACCCUCAACUUCUCCAGAAGACGAGACACCUCCCCCCCCCACCCUCCUGGGGUGGACGGGCCUGACGCUCCUCCAGUGGCCUCCCAUGAGCCAUGACCAGGCUGGAAAAAACUGGGACAGGCCCCAUGGGCAUUUAAAGAUGGGACUUGGGAUACUGGGCUGAGGCUGGGGCAGAGAGGUGACAGAAGAACUGAGGGUGCAGACAGAAGAAACCAGGUGUGGCGGGGUCAGGGGUCGAGUGAUGCCAGCGAGUGCAUGGCUGUGCUGCAGGACCGUCCAGGAAGAGGGUGGCCACGAAGGACUCACAAUAAACACACCCGGAGUCUC